AUGGACCUUGUGAGGCGCAUUAACUUUCACGAGUCAGAGCUUCCCCUCGACGGCUCGUCCGUUUCUGAUCGUGGCGCAUCCCCUGGCGCCUCUUUUGAGCGGCAAUUCCUGAGACUGGCCGAGAAUGAGCUCGAGAAGGGCAUUCGUACUCAAGGCGCGGCCAACCCAUACAACCUCGCCAACCUGCGCUUCUUCAACUCGUUGCUACACCAACAGACGAGCCGAAUCAAAGCCACAAUGCUGUGCAUCAGCAAUACAAACCCUUCCAAAUGGCCCAAGGUCGAUGAUGAUGUGACGAAAGGUGUGCGUAGAGCCGUCGAGCAAGAUUAUCUGAACUUGCACGAGUACGCGGACGCGUUGUACCGGCGGUGUCGGGAGGAGAUUGUGGUGCUGAUAAACAGCAUAGCCAUUGCCGAGUCAGUCAAUGGCAUCACUCAGGCAGAACAAAUUGAAAAGCUUACGUUCAUGGCGUUCAUCUUUGCGCUGAUUUCAUUCACUUCGGCCGUCUUCAGCAUGAACGCGCCAGAGCUGCAAAGGGUGACAUCUUGGCCGUGGUUUGAUGGGAAACUCAGGUUGUAG